UUUGCACUCGUUUUGUGUCGCUGAAAUCGUUUUCAUUUUUUUUUCGCAAAAAAAAAGAAGCUAAUAAAAAGCAUUUUCAAUUCAAGAAAAGAAAAAAAAUUCCCUCCGCAUUAUUAAUAUAUUUCAAUUUAUAUAAAUCAAAAGAAUAUAAAGCUAGAAAUAGCAAAAAAAAAACAAAAGCCAAUUUAGUUAAGUGAAAAAGUAGUAAAUGGAUUUAAAUCCCAAUGUACAUUGAAUAUACUCCGAUUGAUCUAUUCGACGAAGCAGCAGCCGAGCAUCAUCUGCAGCAAGCAGCGGCGACAGCGGCUACAACAACUAUUGGCUUUGCUGGUGUUGACGACGACGACGACGGCUUCAAUUUCUUCGAAGACAAUUGCGACGACAACGACGACGAAAUAAGCAUUGUCCAAAACGGCAACGGCUUCUUUGAAUUAAAAAAGAGCCGUCUUCGUCCACCAAAAAAACGUAAAUGCAGUGAUUAUUUUCCUGCUAUCCAACAAAAGUCUAUAAAACGGAGUUAUUUUGGUGGCAGCAGUGGCAGCCAAGCGAGCAACAGCAGCGGCAUCCCGAUGGGUUUUGAUAUUAUAGCCAAAAUUCGAAAACUUUUUGGCGAUAGUGGUGAAGGUGGUGGUGCAUUUGGUCGAAAAAGAAGGGCGGACGAUAACAAUUGGAACUCGAAUUCAUCGCAAUUCAAGUAUCGGCGAGUGGAUAACGAAUUUCCAAAAUUUGUUAAGAAGUCUUUUGAAGAAGGAAUGGUCUGGCGACCCUAUCCCAUCGAAGAUGAAAUAAAAAUUGUUCCCCAGCGUCUUCACAAAUCUCCACUGGUUAUGGCUCAGCAAAAUCAAAAAGAGAAGAGAUCUCAAUUUGUACGUCCCAAAACUGUUACCAAGCAUAUUACAAAUACAAAUUUUGCUGAUAUUGAAUUCUCCGAUGAUGAUGAAGAUACAGAAAUUAUCAUUACCAAUUCCCGUGGCGAGGCUGUUAAUGUUGUCCAUCAGCCGAGUAUUAGCAGAUCAGCAGCAAUAUCACGAGCCAAUAUAAUGCCUUCCACGUCUUCGGGCAAAAUGACGAACAUUCCAUUCAAACAGCGACAACCACCACCGCCAUUGAUUCAAGCAAGUACGGGUGGUAUUUUGGCAUCGACUCUAAUGCCCGGCUUACAACCAAUUCAACCCACAUACUCGUCAAUACUCUCUGCAUGUACCAAUGGAUUCCAUGGUGUUGCUCCAAAGAGAUCAGUGGUGCCUAAGGACACAAUCCAUAGGACUUCGUCACCGUUUCUCUUUAAUGGCGGUGGAAGCAUGCUAAAUAGCUUAUCAUCAUACAAAGGAGCUCGUUCAAUUAUUGCCCAAGAAAAUCUAUCAAAAGAUCAAGAGCAAUAUAGAGAGCUUUUGCAAAAAUUAAUGCCCAAUUUGUAUGGCAUCAAAGGUACUUCUCCGAAAUUACCAUUUGCGGCAAAGUCACGUUUGUCAAUUGUCAAUCGGACAAAAGAACCAGUGGCAAGUGUUGACUUAACAGCCGAUAGGUCAUCGGCAAAUCGAAAGGCUUCAACUGGCGAAAAUAUUUUGACACUCGACUUAUCCGAUGAUGAUGAUGUGAGCGAUAUUAUUGACUUGGCCGAUGAAGAGUUGAAUAUGUUGUCGGCAUGCUCGAAAAUACAGGAGGAUCAAAGCGAAUGUACGUAUGAUCUUAAAAGGCGCGCAGCUGAAAAGAAGAAACAACUUCCAUUUGUUGAGCCAGUCAAUACACUUAAAGAGAAAUUCGAUCUAUCACCAGUUUGCCAAACUGACUGGCUUGAGAAUUUCAAUAGAAAAUGGCAAAAGAAACAUCUCGAAGGAAAACAAAAAAUAGCUGAGACUGAAAAAGAUAAGAAAAAACGUAUUUUUAGAGUUGAAGAACUGUCUGCUGAAACCCGAGACAAGGAGAAGGAAAUGCAACAGCGGCUUAAAGAUCUGCAAAUAGUUGAUCCAGAUCUUGUCAUUAUUGAUGAUUUCCCUGAGGAUGACGAGGAACCAGAAUACCCACCGAUCACUCCUGAACAUGAGGCAAUUAUUAAAGGUGCUCUAUUUGGUGGUCCAGCUGAUCAGAUGUUGAUUUCAAAAUUCAAUAUGAGCAUCACCCGCCGCGAUAUUGCCACUCUAAUGGGCAAAACCUGGCUCAACGAUGAAGUUAUUAACUUCUAUAUGUGUCUGCUCACAGAACGUGGCGAGCUGCGUCACGAAGAAGGCCUCCCCAAGGUCUACGCAAUGAACACAUUCUUUGUGCCGAGAUUAAUGCAGUCAGGACACAGUGGCGUCCGUCGAUGGACACGAAAAGUUGACAUCUUCACAUACGAUGUACUUCCGGUGCCGGUGCACGUUGGCGGCGUUCAUUGGUGCAUGGCUAUCAUACAUUUGCGGGAUCGCAGUAUUAAGUACUACGAUUCCAUGGGCACGCCAAAUCCCAAAAUACUAAGUGCUCUGGAGCAGUAUCUGCGAGAUGAAUCGCUAGAUAAGCGAAAGAGACCAUUUGAUACUUCAGGCUUUCUCAUAGAAAGUGUCAGAAAUGUGCCGCAACAAAAUAACGGCAGCGAUUGCGGUGUAUUUAGUUGCAUGUUUGCCGAAUUCAUUAGCCGUGAUCGUGAGAUAACAUUCUCACAGCAGCACAUGGAGUACUUUAGACAUAAAAUGAUUUUAGAAAUAGCCCAGGGUCAACUGAUGCAGUAAGAGGAGGUUGAUUUUUAAAAUAGAACAGAAUAGGAAAGUGUUUUGAAAUUCACUUGACGAAGAAAAAAAAAACUAAAGCAAAAAAACACACCUUUACUAUAAUAUAAUCACAUUGAAUGUUCCGUACGGGGGUAAGGCAGUGUAUCCCCCCAAACAAAACAAAAAAAAAAAGAGAAAUACACUGAAUGGAUCUAAUCUAAUUUAUAAUCAAUUUCAAAAAUAAAUUUAAAAAAAUAACGACCGUUAAGUUAUGUAUAAUCCCUGCCACAAGAUCAUUUUUUUUGUUUCUGUCCCGCCAACACACAAACACCACCCAUCACCACUCGCUCAUUAUACCCUUUUUCGAAUUUCAGCAAAUCAAAUUUAAUCUAUACUCUUAUCGUAUGUCCAACAUGUAUGUUAAUUGUAAUUUUUAAAUUUCUUAAAAAAAAUUGAAAAAAAAAAAGAAAAAUAGUUUAUAAAUAAAACUGUAACUUAAUAAUAUUUUUUUGAAUUAUUUACGCAUAUACUAACACACAUUUAUUUAUGAAGAUAAUAAUAAUAAAGAAUAAAAAAAAAACAUUUGCAGAUAUUUCAGGCCAAAACACAAUUUGUAAGUUAAUUUCAUGUUUCUUAUAAAUAUUAUAUA